AUGUCCGUGUCUGAAAAUGUCUUGCAUACUUCAGAAUUUUCUUUAGAUUCUAUCUACAACAACAGGUCAGCACUACAAAGUUAUUUCUUAAAUGUUUUCCCCAUUUUUAUUUUAGAAAUUCCUGCUGUAAAGCCCCAGCUGAAGAUCUCCCCUGCAGUCAUCAGAGAGAGCGGCUCAGUUCAGAUGAGCUGUGAAGUACCCCAGUCUCAGUCUGCAUUUCUGUGUUUGUUCUACCUGCAUGGGGUAGAAGCUGCUUCCUACAAUCGCCCAUCAUGUCAGAUCUCCCUCAGUGGUAUGCAGCUUCUGCGUUGGGCACGUCAGACUUCCCCUCUGGAGGCUGAAGUGGGGUGCUACUAUCUUACGGCAUCACUUGAGGAACGAAUAAAAUCUAAUCAUUCUGACCCUGUUGCGGUGACUGUUCUGAACAGACUGCAGACGCCAGACAUAACCGUGUCUGAGCACAUCUCCAUCUCCAUCUUCAUUUUCUGUGGUAUUCCCAAACAUUAUGGCCAGGCCUCCAGCUGCCGUCUCUACACUGGAGAUGAGCCGCAGUACUACCUGACAUCAGACACAUCAAGGAGAGAGUCUGGAGACCUCUUCUGUAAGUUCGCUUUGAAUAAAGAUAUUUUAUUCAAACGUCUACAGUCACUAAGGAGCAGAGAGGUGAGCUGUGACUAUACAGUGGACUCACAACCUCCAUCUGUAUCUCCACGCAGUGAUCCGUUCAAAUUUACAGGUAAGAUAUCACAUUACACUUGUUGA